AUGGCGUCUAGUAUACAUUCUGAAUCCAAGAAUGAGUUCAAGGCCGGAGUUGAAGAGCUCGAUCGCAAGAGUCUCGACAACGACACCAACUCCAAUUCCUCCAUUGAGGCAUUUGGUAUCCAGCCCACUAAGGAAGAGGUUGAGCAGAAGCUCACUGAGUUGGCUCAAAAGCAUGAUGUCAACCGUCGCCGCUUGCAGCUCAAGGUUGACGCUUGCGUCGUCAUUCCCAUAAGUAUCCUCUACCUGCUCGCUUUCUUGGAUCGCGUGAACAUUUCAAAUGCGCAAGUUUACGGUAUGUCCAAAGACCUUCAUAUGACACGCGAUACUCAGUACAAUACUGCGUUGGUUAUUUUCUUUGUUCCUUAUGUUUUGUUCGAGGUUCCUUCCAACUUUGUUCUUAAACUUCUGAAACCCCACGUUUGGUUGAGUUUCUGUAUUAUUUGUUUCGGUGGUAUCAGUAUUGGUCAGGGUUUUGUGCAAAAUUACGGCUCCCUUCUUGUUACACGUUUCUUCCUUGGUCUCAUGGAAACUGCCAUGUUCCCUGGUUGUUUCUAUCUUUUGUCCACUUGGUACCGUCGAGAUGAGGCACAGAAGCGUUACUCGUUCUUUUUCGCGUCUACUUCGCUUGCUGGUGCUUUCGGUGGUCUAAUUGCGUACGGAAUGAACAGUCUGGAUGGCAAAAGCGGCCUCGAGCACUGGCGCUGGAUUUUCAUUGUUGAAGGUGCUAUCACUUGUUUCCUCGGUAUUGUGUUGUUCUUUGUUCUUCCUGAUUUCCCGGAGGACGCUAAGUUUAUUUCCAAUAAUGAGCGUGCUUAUAUUAAAGAAAAGCUAUCUCUUGAUCAAGGUAACUCUUACCAUGAGGGCAAGCUUGAAUGGCGCCGAGCUGCCGCUGUGUUCAAGGACGUUCGGUUGUGGCUUGCAUCGCUGAUUUACUUCGGCCAGAUCGUUGGUGCAUAUGGAUAUGCUUACUUUGCUACCGCCAUUAUCAAAAGCUUCGGCUACUCUCCAGUUAAGACUCAGGUUUACUCGAUCUUCCCAUGGGUUGUUGCCUGUGUCUCUGGUGUCAUCAUUGCCUGCUUCUCGGACUUCUUCUUCCAUCGUUACCUGUUCACUCUGGGUACUGGCUUAAUUGCAAUUGCAGGGUUUGCUAUCCUUCUUGGUUGUGAGCCUACAAUGAUUCAUGCCCGUUAUGGUGGCUGCUUUUUGGUAGCACUUGGUCUGUACUCUGCUAUGCCUUUAUAUAUUUGUUGGACCACUAUGAACUUCGCUGGUCAUUAUCGUAAAAUGGUGAGUACUGCGUUUAUUGUCCAAUUCGGAAACGUCGGAGGUAUCGUGUCGACUUUCAUCUUCUUGAAGACUGACGCACCAAGAUACACACGUGGUUUGAGUACAAGUGUGGCCCUAUGUGCCUUCUCUUUGGUAUGUGCUAUUGUUUAUCUACUGUACAUUAUGCGUGAGAAUAAAUUGCGCAAGCAAGGUGCCCGCGAUGCUGCAUUUGAGACUUUGAGCGAGAAAGACCAAGCUUUGGCUGGUGAUCUUGAUCCGCGUUUCAUCUAUCAGUACUAA